GGCUCCAUCGACGGUUGCUUCACCCCCUGAUUCUCUGCCCCUUUCAUUACUUCAAGUGCGGCACAACACACAGCAGGCUGACAUUUGAUGGCCAUGGUACAUCUGGGUAUCGACGAUGGCAAUCAGUUUCCCUGUUAAACUUGGAUUUCCUGAACCUGCUCUACAACUUGUAUCACUAGUCCCAACUAUUAAUAGCAAUGUAAGGAAGUCUCUUGCCGUUUUCUUUUUUAUUGGCAAAUUAUGUUCUAUUAAGCAGCCAUUUAACUUGGGGGCUUUUCUCAAAUUUGGUUUAAAAUAAGAAUUUGUUGCAGACUAUAAAUUCAACUGUUCCUUUCCCAUCUCUGACCACCCAAAAAUUUGAUGGAUUUGCUGGAAGCAAACUGUUGGAUUCUACUGAUUGCUCUAAAACUUCUCAGCAGUCUCAAGUCCAAGCAUUGGUUGAUCUACUCCACAUUUGUGCAGAAAAAGGGUCACUAAGAGAAGCCAAAACAGCACAUGGUUAUGUGUUGAAGUCCAAUUUUGAAGAUGAUAGUUUGUUGGUAUUACUUAAUCAUGUAGCCCACACAUAUUCAAAGUGCUCAGAUCUUAGUGCAGCUAGGAUAGUAUUUAAUAAAAUGUCUCUGAGAAAUGUUUUCUCUUGGACAGUCAUGGUUGUUGGAUCAACAGAAAAUGGAUUCUUUUGGGAUGGGUUAAUAUACUUCUCUGAAAUGCUGGAAUCUGGAAUAUUUCCAGAUGCAUUUAUGUAUUCUGCAAUCAUCCAGUCAUGUAUAGCUCAAGAUUGUAUUGAUUUGGGUAAACAGUUGCAUGCUCAGAUUAUUAUAAGAGGAUUCGCAUGUCAUAUUUUUGUUAAUACAUCGCUUCUUAACAUGUAUGCAAAGUUGGGAGUGAUUCUGGACUCUUGUCAGGUAUUCGACAAUAUGACUGAACAUAAUGAAGUCUCAUGGAAUUCAAUGAUUUCUGGAUUUACAGCAAAUGGCCUUCAUGUCGAAGCACUUAGUUAUUUUCUCAGAAUGAAGAAGGAAGGAUUUGUUCCAAAUAUGUACACUCUGGCUAGUGUUUUAAAGGCAGUAGGGAACUUAGGUGAUAUCAGUAAGGGCAAGCAAGUUCACAAGUAUGUCUCUGAAUUGGGUUUGGAAACUAAUGUUCUUGUGGGUACUGCACUCAUUGAUAUGUACAUAAAGUGUGGGGCCUUGUGCGAUGCAAGGUCUGUUUUUUAUAUGAACUUCGCUUGUGGUGGAGCGAACAUGCCAUGGAAUGCAAUGAUUGCUGGUUAUUCACAUUGUCAGUGUAGCCAAGAAGCUUUGGAACUCUAUAUUAAUAUGUGUCAAAACAAUGUAAGAUCUGAUCUUUACACUUAUUGUAGUGUGUUUAAUGCAAUUGCUGAACUGAGGUGUUUGCAAUUUGGGAGACAGGUUCAUGGGAUGGUUUUGAAGUCUGGGUAUGAUUUGUUGGUCCUAAGUGUUAAAAAUGCAAUUGUAGAUUCAUAUUCCAAAUGUGGGUCUCUUGAAGAUGUAAAGAAGGUCUUUGACAGGAUGGAAGAGAGAGACAUAGUGUCUUGGACCACCCUUGUGACUGCUUAUUCUCAAUGUUCUAAAUGGGAGGAAGCAUUAGCUGUGUUUUUUCAGAUGAGGGAAGAAGGCUGUAUACCUAAUCAGUUUACCUUUGCUAGUGUUCUUGAUGCAUGUGCUAGCCUUUGUUUUCUUGAAUAUGGUUAUCAAAUCCAUGGCCUUCUGUACAAAGUUGGCUUGAACACAGAUAGGUGUAUAGAAAGUGCUCUGAUUGAUAUGUAUGCCAAGUGUGGCAGUAUAGCCUUGGCAGCGAAGGUUUUUGAGAGCAUAUCUAAACCUGAUGUGGUUUCAUGGACUGCUAUAAUAUCCAGUUAUGCCCAACAUGGUUCUGUGGCUUAUGCCCUUGAACUCUUUAGGAGGAUGGAGCAACAAGGUAUUAAGGCCAAUGGUGUUACUUUCCUGUGUGUCCUCUUUGCUUGUAGCCAUGGAGGAAUGGUAGAUGAAGGCCUUCACUACUUCUAUUCAAUGAAGGAAAAUUAUGGUUUGGUGCCAGAGAUGGAGCAUUAUGCCUGUAUUGUUGACCUCUUAGGUCGUGUUGGUCGUCUUGAUGAUGCAUUGAAGUUUGUAAGAAAAAUGCCUCUUGAACCAAAUGAAAUGGUCUGGCAGGCGCUUUUGGGAGGGUGCAGGAUUCAUGGCAAUGUUGAGUUGGGAGAGAGAGCUGCCGAGAAGAUUCUUUCCAUUCAACCAGAGUAUUCUGCUACCUAUGUUCUUUUAUCCAACACAUACAUGGAAACAGGAAGUUUCAGAGAUGGACUUGGAUUGAGAAAUGUGAUGAAAGAGCAAGGUGUUAAGAAGGAGCCAGGAUAUAGUUGGAUAUCAGUGGGAGGUAAAGUACAUAAAUUUUAUGCAGGAGAUAAGCAACACCUGCGAAAAGAGGAUAUAUAUCUCAUGUUAGAAGAGUUAAUGGAGGAAAUUAAGGCUGUUGGUCAUGUACCAGAUUUGAGUGAUGCAUUGCCAGAUCAUGAUUGAAAAGGGAGAAAUUCGGAUAGAACUUGUGAAAGCUUGUAAUAUGACUGUCUGUAUUGAGGAUCAUUUUCUAUGGCAAAUUUAACAGGCUACAUUUUGAGAUGUCAUUCUGCUUCAGGAAGCAAAACAGAUUAGUACGUCAGUAUUAUCUCCAACACUUACCUGCUGAAACCGAUGUUUUCAGGUCGGAUCAACAUGGUUGUUGCCCAAGUCUUUGAUGCCUAUUAGCUGAUUCAUUUGUGGGUUCGCCCGCCUGAUCAACGUCAAAGUACGUGGGGGCAAACAGCGAGGAACUCGAGGUAAGAUGUGCAAGACUGAUGUUAAUGGCUGAUGACCUAGUUCCGAUGGACAAACAGCUCAGCGCAAUACAAUUGGUUCGUGCCUAUGCGGACUUGGAGAAGACUAGAUGUAUGCAGUCUUAUUCUUGAUGUAUAGAGACUAUUUCCAUGAUGUAUAAAUCACCAUAGAGUGACUCCAUCGCCAUGUCUAUAUAAAACAAUUUGUUAUUCAUUUUUAUAUAUGUUUUGGUUUCUUUGGGCCUUUCACCUUGUAAUUGUCUCUCUGAAAUUCGAAGAGCUUCAUUG